AUGGUGUUCCACGUCUCCGAGGAGGAACGUCGCAAGGAGGAGAUCCCCCUCGAUCCCAGCAUCCCACUCCACUCCGUCGCCAAGCUGCUCGAAGGUCCAGAUUUCUGCAGCAAACGCCAUGCGCGCCGCAGCUGCGAUGAGCCCAUUCCGACUCCGUCCGAUCUCAGGAUCCAGAGCAGAGAGCUCAAGAAGUUGCGUGUGUCGUUCCACAAGUCCGGCGACCGCGACGAACAGGUCGAUCAAAUGGCCUUUUGGUUUCCAGACAUUCGAUCUGCCGCGGAUUCAGCCAACAAGAAACCCAAACUUCAGCCCGCAGCCUUUCGUUUGAAGGCCAAGCUGAAGAAGGCGUCCCUGAUAUCUUCCUAUCAGACCACCCCAUGCCCAGCCUCAGACAUCGGUACGCUCAUCAAGCUGCCCGGUGAAAUACGCAACCAAAUCUAUCAGCUUGCGACCCUCGGCAUGGAUCCGAUCCUCGUCACCAUGCCCUUCCGUACCUGUGGUAUUGGACGCUGUCUGCACACAUCAGUCGGCUACAACGUACCCGGCAUUACACAAACCUGCAAACAGCUCCGCUGGGAAGCCCUGCCAAUCUAUCUCGCUGAGAACCCCGCCGUUCACUUCGACGCUGGCGCCACAUUGGAUGGCUGCACACUGCGUUACCUGGAGAGUCUAGGCAGCUACGCAGACCUCAUUCCCAAGUACAUUCUCACUCUGCAGCGCCCAAUCUGGACACUGGACAAGUUUGAGGAGUACGCAUUAUACCGCUUCUCCAUCACGACGCCAAAGCGGGAUGGAAGUGGAGAUUACACGCUGGAGCAGUCGGAGAGCUCUGGGAGGAAGAUUUGUCAGUGCAAGUUGGAUAAGCUCGUGGUGGGAUUGAAUGAAAAGAAGAAGGAGGGCAAGCCGGCGGGCAAAGCCAUGUAUGAGUUUUUGGACCACGAUGAAUUCACUGAUUUUGUUUGGAGGGUCAAGAAGACGAAGCAGUGGCCGCAGCACUUGGCCAAGUGCCCCAACUGCAAGGAGGUCAUCUUUAACAACUGA